GCCUGUCUCGUCCCCUCUGGCGCGCUCCAGGAGAACAGCAUGUUUGCAGAUAGGCGACGACUGCUGCUGCUGUUGCGAGCCCUACUGAGCAUCUGUGCCUUUAACAAAGACUUGUGAGUGCGCCUCUAGAUCAGUCAACUUCCCCUCAACUCCGCUGCGCUCGGGCGAGUAGAGUAGAGACACCUUUCACCAGAGAGGCACUGGCUCACCUUCACAGCUAGACCCAUGGAAUAAUAACUAUGGAAUACCACUGGAUACUGCUGUCUGUGUUUUUACAGUUAACCUUCCAGCCAGGCAACACCAAGCCCACUAUCACCCCCGUCGGCCCCCACCUUGUCAUCCCGCUCAACGCACCCUUCGAGCUGCGUUGCCAAGGUGAGAAGGAGAUGCAGUGGCAGCGGGAGGACCGGCCGAAGGUGCGGGGAGAGAAAAAGGUUGCAGGGAUGUCCACAUUGCGCAUCUCCAGGGCCCAGCCCGUUCACAUGGGCCGCUACAUCUGCCUGGAGGAGCGCACCAAGGAGCAAACCUCCAUCUAUGUCUAUGUGAAAGAUCCUGAUAAUCCCUUCAGAAAAUCAAUGGUGUCCAACAUUCUCACUCGAGUGGGAGACAAUGCUUCCAUCUCCUGCCUGGCAACUGAUCCAAGUCUGGACAACCUGCGCCUGCAAACAUGUUCCGGUAAAGCUCUGGCCUCUGGUCUCCAGUUUUCUGCAAGCCUGGAGCAAGGCAUCAUCAUCUACAACACACAAAAGGCCUACGAAGGUUGCUAUGUGUGCACAGGAAGACUUAGGGAAGAGAACGUCAGAUCCAAUGACUACCUCCUGACAGUGAGACCAGUCCCUGUUGAUCCUCCUGUGAUUGAGAUGCAGGCAACCAAAAGAGUGAUUCUCACCCGGCAUGAGAGUCUCUCCCUCACCUGCAACACCACUAAUGUCAACGGAGAAAUCACGCUGAAGUGGGUCACUCCGCCUGGCUCGGGUGCCGUCUGGUAUCCACAGCAACCAGCAAAGGUUGACAGUGCUUCACGUAUCCUGACGGAGAACUUCACCCAUGUGCGCAGCGCCACAUUGCACAUCGCGGCGGUGGGACAUCAAGACGUUGGGAGGUAUCAAUGUGAAGCUGAGAAUGAGAAAGGGGUCAGCUCGCAGUCGGUGUGGCUGGAUGUUUAUGAAAAAGGAUUCAUCAACUUAUUACCUUCAAUCAAUGAAACCAUCCAUGUCCGUGCCGGCGAGAGUUUGCCCCUAAAUAUUGAAAUGGAGGCUUAUCCAAAGCCGCACAUUUUCUCCUGGAGCUUCAUGGGCCACGAGCUGAGGAACACAACCGACCACGUCAUCACCACACACAACCAUGAAUACAGGUACAGCAGUGAGCUGAGGCUGGUGCGACUGAAAAUGUCAGAGGGUGGAGUUUACACUUUUCAAGCCUCCAAUGGUGACGCUUCAGUAAACCACACAUUCACCAUCUUUGUGAUCAGUAAACCUGCGAUUGUGUCUCAUGAGGGCCCAGUGGACGGACAGGUACGCUGUGUGGCGGAGGGCUUCCCUGCCCCACAGAUCACCUGGUAUUACUGUGAGCAGCCUUACGCCAGGUGCUCCCAGCAGGUGAAUGCCACCCAGGAGGAGCACAAUGUCAUCACCGUCACCCUGUUUAGCCCCUUGUUCGGGAAAACAGAGGUGGAGAGUCGGGUGAACGUGAGCAGGGGGCGGUUCAGUACUCUGGAAUGUGUCGCUACGGUGGAGGGAGAGCAGGCAUACACGCUCUUUUCAAUCAGCGAAAGAACUGUUCCCCAUGAUCUGUUCACCCCUCUGCUAAUUGGCUCUGUAUCAGCAGCAGGCAUCCUCUGCCUCGUUCUUAUCAUGCUGUUCUACAAGUACAUGCAGAAACCCAAAUACCAGAUUCAGUGGAAAGUCAUCGAAGGCAUCCAUGGGAACAACUAUGUGUACAUAGACCCCACCCAGCUACCGUAUGAUCACCAGUGGGAGUUUCCUCGAAACAACUUGCGUUUUGGGAAGACACUGGGAUCUGGUGCAUUUGGGAAAGUGGUGGAAGCCACUGCAUAUGGACUCUCCAAAGCAGAUUCAGUCAUGACGGUGGCUGUGAAAAUGCUCAAAUCAAGCGCUCAUGCCACAGAGAAAGAGGCACUGAUGUCAGAGCUGAAAGUCCUCAGUUACUUGGGAAACCACAUGAAUAUUGUCAACCUGCUGGGAGCCUGCACUGUUGGAGGCCCUACGCUGGUGAUCACAGAGUACUGCUGCUUUGGAGACCUCCUUAACUUUCUACGCAGAAAGAGGGAAUCCUUCAUCUGCUAUAAGCUCGAGGAAGAUUGCUACUACCGCAACGUCAUGCCGCAGAGGGACGCAGCUGGUGACAGCUUGAACGGCUACAUGACCAUGAGGCCUUCUGCUGCUGGCAACCUGCCGUUCGGCUCAUCCUCUGAGAAGAGACGCUCACUACGCAAAGGUGGCUCCUAUGUUGAAGAUGAUGCAGAGAGCGAGCUAUUUGAUGAGGACGGACUGUCUCUAGACACCGAAGACCUCCUCAGCUUCUCGCACCAAGUGGCCAAAGGCAUGGAGUUCUUAGCCGCCAAAAAUUGUAUCCACAGAGACCUGGCUGCCAGAAAUAUCCUCUUGACUCAAGGAAGAGUCGCAAAGAUCUGUGAUUUUGGCCUGGCCCGAGACAUCAACACGGACUCCAACUACGUAGUCAAAGGCAACGCUCGUCUGCCAGUGAAAUGGAUGUCUCCAGAAAGUAUCUUUGAGUGUGUGUAUACGUUCGAGAGUGAUGUGUGGUCCUACGGCAUCUUGCUUUGGGAAAUCUUCUCAUUAGGAAGCAGUCCCUAUCCUGGUAUGCCUGUGGACGCCAAGUUCUACAAACUGAUAAAAGAAGGAUACAGAAUGGAUGCUCCGGAGUUUGCACCCAGUGAAAUGUAUCAGAUUAUGAGGUCCUGCUGGGAUGCUGACCCCCUCAACAGACCCCCCUUCAGGAAGGUCGUGGAAAGGAUUGAACAACAGCUGUCGGAUGCCACUAAGCAUAUCUAUCUGAACUUUAGCUCCAGGCUUCCUGUGACGCCCAGAGCCAGGGAGGAGCCGAGUCCUCAGAGCGCAGCGCUCCACAGUCUCAACUCAGCCGGCAAUAACAGCGCUCCGACCCAGCCCUUACUAGUCCAGCACGAGGUCUUCCUGGAGGGGACAACCCUCAGAGCCCAGCGGGUGUAAGGACCCACCCAACCUGUCUGGCUGCCUCAUAAAGUGCCUGUAAUGUUCCGCCACAAACCACCCAACCACUACACCCGCCCACCACCCGGUAGCAGCAGCAUUUAUUGUCACAUGUUGCAGACGAAUGGUAAUUGCCAGUUAUUACCAGAAACAACAAAGGAAGAACAGCGUUUAUCAUUAUCACUACUAUUGCCUACUGAUUACAGGGAGGACAUUUGGACUAAUGCUCCCCUGCGCAUUGCAAGAACUGUUAAGGCACCGGGAAGGGUGGAGGGACAUAAAACGUUACUCUAAAACUACCUUUUUUUCAGUUACAUUUUUCCUACACAUUUCAUAAAGUUUGUUUUGUUUUCUCUUAUAUUUGGAGUUUUUUUUUUCUUUUUACAUUUUGUGUUUUGCUAUUCUUUGUUGUUUUUCUGUCAUGGAUAUUUAUGCAGCGAUUUUAUUUUGGUUGGUUGUUGCAAUUGUUGGAGGAAAAGCACUUGAGGCACUUGAACUUCACAUCAUUACAUACAUCACAUAAUGCAGCUUUUCUUUCUUUUUUUUAAUUGUCAGUAUUAUUUCCAACUGUUCAGAUCUAUGUUGAUAUGAAGGAGAUACUUUUCGGGGGCCAAUUUAAAUAUAGAUAUUAAGACACUGGUAUAUAAGCUAUUAGACAGCAUGGUCGGUCAUGCUUAGAGUCCAUAAGUGCUUCAAGUCCAUUAGAAAAUAAAUUUUUUGCUCUUUUAAAGUUGGAAAUAACUUGAAAAGAGCAAUUUACCCUAUCUAUAACAACACUGUCAGAAAUAAUGUGCUAAAUUUGUACCUUAAUAACUGUACCCUCUAAGGUACAGCUGUUUUACCCUUGAAAUGGACUCCUACUGUUCCCCUAUUCUGAUAGGUCUAUGUUCCCAAGCCAGAUUCUUCCUCAGCUGUCCCAGUGACAAGCUGUUGUACCCCUAAAAGUACAAAUUCAACACAUUAUUUCUGAGAGUGAAGGAUUGUCCCACAGUUACUUCAUACACACAGUUGUCUUCAGAGAUAUGGUAUAGACAUGGUACGCUAGCUUUUCAUUUAUGUGCUUGUCGACUGUAUAUGUGUACAUAUCUGUAGGUAAUGAUAUUAGUCAUUGCUAUACAAUGAGAUGGGAAGUUAAACGUUUGACAAAGACGACACUCUGUGAAGCCUGUAACUCUUAGCUUUGUCACAUGAGCAUGUUUUUGCAGGUGUUGAGUUUCACUUUUUGACAGCUGGACUGCUGGAGAGUUCUCUUGUAAAAGUGUAAAUAACUGUUCAGGUUUAUAUGGUUUGCUCUCCUGCCAUAUCCAGUGUAUGAUCUUUGUUUACAAGCAUCAGACAGGUACUGCCAUUUCUGAGAUGUGUUUUCUCUGCUUUUCACCUUCUUCCCCUUUCAUGAAGGACCAGGAAACGGGAACCUUUUUUUGUUUUGGCUGACAGGAAAUUGGUGUGUUUUUGCAGAUGCUACUGCUGUGUAUUCUACAGUAUAUAUAAUGGAGAAAGUUGGGGCUCUGCUCAUGUAAAAUGCCAUUAUGUGGACUGCAGUAUUCCCUGAAGUUACAAGCCGGUGGGCCUGCAAGGCUCUCUGUUCAAACAUCAACUCCGGGUGCAGCGCUCAACUUCAGUGUCUCAGUCAUCUCAUUGUUCUCCGACCAGUAGCUGGUUUCCCAGCAGUCCUUCUCUUCUUUGUAUCCAGCUGUUUCCUCCAUAAGAAGUGGGACUUUCAGCACCUCUCAGCCAGUAGUCUGUAUCAGUCCAGACCAUUAUGAUUCCCCUCUUUCUCACUGGUGGAUGUUGUUGUGAAGAGCACCAGGAAAGUGUCCUGUUUGUGUGUAUGAACGUGUGUGUGUGUGUGUGUGUGUGUGUGUGUGUGUGUGUGAGUGCAGAAUUAAAAAAAUUAUUGUCAAGAGGUGCCACUACUAAAGAUUCAUCACGUCCUUUUAGGCUACUAAAACCCCACAGUCUUGUGGGACUGCUCUGUCUUUUUGUAAAUAUAAAUGUGCGUAUAUUGUAAAGUAAUGUUGAUGCUUUUGAAGAUGUUUAUCUCAAUGAAGAUGUGGUACAUUAAUGCAGAAUUUUAUGCUGUAUUUUCUUAUGUGUGCACAGAUUUCCAACUGUAGGCUCAACAGGAAAAAAAGGCUGCUUGUGUCUCUGUCACCAUGAUAAUUUAACUGAAGAGAUCCACAGUGGCCAAUGGUUAAUUUUGGUUCAUUCGUCAUUUCAAUCAGUUUUGCCACUUAUCUUGGUAAAUGCCUCCCAGCAAAA